GUGGGCUAAACACUGAUGGGAUGUGUGCGCGGUCUAUUCAAUUGAAGUGCCUUCAUUGCCUAGGCAUCCUGGUGAUAGUGGUUGCGUUCGUCGCAGCUCAAACCAGGAAUGGAAUUUACACGGUCGUGGCACCGAAAGCAUUGCGUCCAAACACGGAUUACCAUGUAGCUGUGAGUAUCCACGAUUCGCCAGACCCAGUAUUUGUUACUGUGGAAAUCGAUGGCAUUCAAGACUCUGGCGGAAGAAUUCAUAGUCAGAAACAGCAGCAGAUUGAUUCGAGCGAUACGCGAAUUCUCCAAUUCCCCAUGGGAGACUUGGGCCAGGGUUCUUACAACAUCAGUGUCUCCGGAACAGGCGGGGUUCGCUUCUCCAACACAACCACGUUGGAGUACGUUCGCAAAAGUUUGUCGGUUUUCAUCCAGACGGACAAGGCUAUUUAUAAACCAGGGCAGAAAGUCAUGUUCCGGGCGAUCGUUGUUGACCGCAAGCUUCGACCCAGUGCCACUACUCGCAUCGACGUUUUCGUCUCUGAUGGGAAGCAGAAUCGGGUGAAGCAGUUCAAGCGGGCGUUCACGAACCGGGGCGUGUUUUCCGGGGAAGUGGAGUUGUCAGACCAGCCUGUGCUGGGUGACUGGAACAUUACCGUUACCGUGCUCGGCCAGGAGUUCAGCAAGACGUUCAAGGUGGCCGAGUACAUCCUGCCCAAAUUCGAGGUUGACAUCGACCUGCCGCCCUUUGCCACGUUCCGGAAUUCGGAGGUCACCGCUGUGAUAACCGCGAGGUAUACAUACGGUAAACCAGUGAAAGGCGAAGCGACUGUUUCAGUUUCGCCUUUGUACAAAUCGCCGUACCUACAACCGUUCUAUGAUGAACCAUUGCACAAAGUUGCAUCGAUUGACGGGAGAACAACUGUCAAAUUCAACUUGGCCGAAGAAUUGAAGCUGACGGACGACUUCCAGCGAGAGAUUCUGUUUGACGUUACAGUGGAAGAGGCGCUGACUGGGCGUCGGCAAAACACCAGCGGGACUGUGAAACUAUUCAAGUACCCUUACAAGUUGGAGUUGAUCAAAAUGGCUGACGCUUUCAAGCCCGGGUUGAAGUACUCGGCUUUUUUGAAAGUUGCAAAUCAGGAUGACACACCUAUUCAGGAUGCCGUGGGAAAGGUGAUUGUGAGGCACGGAUUCUCUUACAACCAAGAUGAUUUCGAAAGCAAUGAACACUGGAUUCCUGCCAAUGGUUUGAUCCCGUUGUCUUUUUCGCCGCCGGCAACUGAUGACGUGCAUGUGCUCAGUAUUGAGGCUGAGUACAAGGACCUGAGGGAGUUGCUGACGACGGUCGUGAGAGCUCAGUCCCCGAGUAAUACCUACAUUCAAGCUGACCUCAAGACCGAGCACCCGAAGGAGAACGUGAUCGCGGAACUCGAGAGUUACGACUCGGGGAAAUCCGAAGCGGAUUUCCCGCUGAUGAUGUUCAAACGCCGGAAGCGGUCUGCCCUUUGGCCCGGCUCGGCCACGGCCGCCGAUGUGUUUCAGGAAGCUGGUGUUAUCGUCCUGACAAACGGCUACGUGCACGAAGCCAAACAAUUUGUGUAUUACCGCAGCAGUGGGUUCGACGACGUCGACAAUCGGUUGUUGAUGUCUGCUUCGGCUAAUGCUGAACAUUCCAUGCUGGAAGAUGUGGAUGACAUUGUCGAGGAUUCCGUGUCGCCUGACUCCCAUAGUCACAGGCCGCGUUUGCGACGCAACUUUGCCGAAACUUGGCUUUGGAACACACUGGAAACUGGACUUGCCUGUUUGAACUUGCGGGCGACACAGGAGGAAGACUUGAGUAUGGGAAGUCAAUGCGUGUUCUUCGAUGCAGGGUUUAGCAGCACGACGGAGACGCCCAACAGAGUAGAUUCGCCGUUGAGUGGCGGCGGCGGCGGCGUCGGAGGCGGUGGUGGUAGUGGCCUUUCUGCAGCUCUGUCCCCCACUAGACCGCCCUUGGCCGGUCCCUUCGCCUUCUCGAGAAUCCCGCGGCCCGUGGAUGCCCGGCCCAGGUUUCACGUGAAGCGCGAUUUCGCGGACACCUGGCUGUUUCACGACCUCACUUUGCGGUAUUCCCUUUGUCCCGAGAAAGGCCUUCUUCUGCCCUGUUCUUUGCGUCGUUGAGUCGACGAAAGCCAGAAGAUGAUGAAGAAGAAGUUUGUUGUGAAUGCGAAUGACGGAACAGCGGUGACGUUCAUGAUCAAGCCCUUGAGAGUUGGCAGUAUCGAUUUGCAGAUGACUGCUAGGAGUCGAGUUGCUGAGGAUUCUGUUCUGCGUCAAUUGCUAGUGAAGGCUGAAGGAGCUGAGCAGUACAGAAACAAAGCUGUGCUUAUAAAUUUGCAGUCAUCGUCUACGUUCAAGGAGAAUGUGACGAUCGAUAUUCCUCCGCAUGCCGUUAAUGACUCAUUUUAUGUUGAAGUCUCGGCGAAUAUCAAUCAGUUGGACGAAGGAACGAAAACCCGAGCGAAACGGUUUAUGGAGAUUGGUUAUCAAAGAGAGCUCACCUACAUGCGAGACGAUAAUUCUUUUAGCGCCUUCGGAAACGCUGAUUCAUCUGGAAGCACUUGGCUUACUGCAUUCGUGGUGCGGUCGUUCAAUCAAGCCAACGCGCUUCCAGACGUAGACAUUGAUGAAAGCGUGAUGCUGAAGGCGCUCUCUUGGCUCGUGGGGGUGCAAACGCGCGACGGGUCUUUCCCGGAAGUCGGCAAGGUGUCGCACAAGGCCAUGCAAGGUGGCGCUGGGAAGGGACUCGCUCUGACUGCCUACGUGGCUAUCACCUUUCUGGAAACCGAGGUAAACCGGUUCGUAGUGAUAGCUCUCUCCGACAACAAUGUCAUGGAGGAAUUAGCCAAAACGAAAGAUGAUAUGAAGUACUGGGCAAUAGAUGUGCCAGAACCUGCGGUAGACGCACCCUGGGUGCAUCAGGCUGUCAGUGUGGACAUUGAAAUGACCUCUUACAUGCUGAUGACUUACGUUAUGCGAAAUUUAGUCACCGAAGCUCUGCCCAUCAUGAAGUGGCUGAUUGCACAGCGAAACGCUCAAGGAGGAUUUGCAUCAACGCAGGACACCGUGAUCGGUAUCACCGCCCUUGGGAAGCUGGCUGAAAGGCUGUCAUUUCGCAAUACGAACAUGGAGAUAACUUUUCUUCACGAGGACAUAGAGAAUAAGAGGAAAAUGUUUGUCACGCCUGACAACCUUUUAGUAGUGGGAAAGCACGAAUUGCCCGGAUCGACCCGUUGGGUGGAAAUCACUGGAAGUGGACGUGGAAUGGCCCUAGUGCAGGUAUCGUACAAAUUCAAUCUGAAUGCAUCCGGUGCGUAUCCGUCCUUUGCCCUGGAUCCGCAAAUCGACAAAACAGCCGACCAAAACCACUUGCUCAUGAGCAUCUGCACACAUUAUAAUGACGGCGGUGAUAGCAACAUGGCCAUUAUGGAAGUGGCCUUACCAAGUGGAUACACGAUCGACGCGGAUUCUUUGCCAUCUAUUCGAGAUUAUCCGGCUGUUCGACGUGUCGAGAGCCACGAUGGCAACACGAACGUUGUCAUUUACUUUGACAAGAUUGGUCAAUCCGAAAUUUGUCCCACGGUUUCGGCUUAUCGGACUUUCCCGGUUGCCGAGCAGAAGGGUCACGGGCAGCAACACGCCCUAAUGAUACUAGUGACACUCAAAUACCUCACUCGUCAAGCUCGCGCGUUUUACGAAGUGAACCAAGCGAGUUUGUGCGACAUCUGUGAAGGAGACUCGUGCACUAGAAUGAAUUGCCGGGAUGCCUCUGGCUCUGGAGGACGAGGAAGUCAAUCUGGAUCCUCGGCACCACCAUCAUUUUCCUCAUCAGUCAGCCAUGCCUUGCUCCUGGUUUGUUGUUAUGUUUUGUUUGUCGCGGAAUGGCGUUGA